AUGUCGAGCUUCUACGGCUCCGGAGUUUGGCAGCCGACCACGGCUGCUGCUGGCCCUGAGCAGCCAGACGACGAGAAAGAGGACGAGGAGCCUAAGGACGACGCGUGGAGCGGCAGCGGCGGAAAGGACACUGGCUCGGACGGCUGGAGUGAUGGACAGUGGAAGAACACUGUCUGGGACGAUCACUCGUGGUCGCAAGACAGCUGGUGGCGAUGGGAUCAAGAUUGGUCCAACGGAUGGCGACGGCGAGGAAGCCGGGGCGACUCCUGGACUACCGCCUCUACUGGGAACAGCAGUGGCGGACACUACGGGCAAGGAGGUGAUCAUGGAGCUCAAGGAGCAGGCCCUGGUGUCCCUCGAGGCGGCGAUGGAGGAGUUCCUCACGAAGGUGGCCGUGGUCCUUCUGAGAAGAUGGUGGUGCCAACGUUUGCCGGCGACGCUGACGGGGACGAGCUUGGAUCGAGCGCAAGAUCCUACCUGCGGCAGAUCGCCGCCUGGCAAAAGAUGACGAGGGUUGGCGCCGACAAGCAAGCGCUGGUGUUGUAUCAACACCUUUCCGGCCCUGCAUGGGUCGAAGCGGAGCGCCUCGAGAUGGAGAAGCUUGGUAGCACCCACGGCAUGCAGUACUUUACUCAGUGGGUGCGUGACAGGUACCUUGAUGUGCAGGUCACUCAGAUUGGGCGCAGUCUGUCUGACUUUUUCAGACGCUUGAGGAAGCGGCCUGGGCAAAGCAUUCGAGAAGACUGUGGAGAGUUCGAUCGUGCACAUGCUCGUUUGAUCGAGUGUGGAUGCGCCCUGCCCGACAUUGCAUGUGCAUGGGUCUUCAUCGAUAGGAUGAACCUCGACGAGGCGGCGGAGCUCAACUUGCUGGCGAGCGUGAACAACAUGUACGACCUCAAGCUCCUCCAGAAGGCGGCGAUUGUCCAGGACAGAGCUCUUCGCAAGCCAUGGGAGACCAACGGUACCGCUCCGGACAAGAAGCCAGGCGGCUGGUGGCGGAAGCGGGCCAAUACAAUCAACAUGUCGGAGCAUGAGGUGGAGGACGAGCUGGAGCGCGCCUUCGAUGAAGAGGAGCCCCUCCACGACGACGAUGCCGAGGAGCUCUUCGAGACCUACAUGACGCAUGUCAGCGCGAAGCAGAAGUACCGGGAUCAGGUGCGCAUGCGUGGCUCCGACCCUGAAGCCAUUCGGAAAAUGGCUGCUGAGAAACUCCAGAAGGUGAAGGCUCGCUCGUUUUGUUCCGGCUGCCGCCGGAGGGGACACUGGCACAAAGAUCCGGAAUGUCCUUUGAACCAAGGUGCUGCCGGACGACCGAAUGGAACCUCGACGGCCUCGGCGGCUUCUACCUCCACGACGGCUACCCCUACGACGAGCCCUACGAAGACUCCCGCGACCCGGGAGAAUUAUCCAUGUCACGUUGUUCAUGUCACUUGGGAUCUUGAAAAGGACCGCGCCAAGGGGCUCCAAGCGAUCACCGACACUGCGUGCUCGAAGACUGUGGCGGGCUCGCCUUGGAUCGAGAACUAUAUCACCGCUGCCCGGGAGGUCGGGUAUGAGCCCGAGAUCGUUGGAGCUCGCGAUGCCUUUAAGUUCGGUGCCUCUAAGGUUUUUGAGUCGACCUACGCUGUGAUUGUGAACUUCGGGUUGGGGAGCUACCUUGUCAGGGUGAAGGUGUGCGUGGUCAAUGGGGACGUGCCACUCCUCCUGAGCCGGACUACGCUCGGCUCCAUGGGCAUGAUCCUCGACGUCGCGGAGAAUCAAGCUGACUUCAGGAAGGUAGGAGUUCAUGCCUUUCAGCUUGAGGUGACAGACACCGGCCAUCCGGCACUUCCUGUUCGGCCCGAGCCUCUACCGGCCGGAUCGGGCAAGUUUGGCCAAAACGGCAGCUCGGAGUUGCAGCUCAUUCCGAAGAUUGCGCAAUACACGGUGUAUGCUGCAGAACUACACGGUAAGGAUGUCAAUGAUGAGCCCCAAAACAGUCCUGUUGAUCCUUUUCCGAAUGUUUUCUAUCCUAAGAAGAUUGGCAGCGCUACGUACAACAUGUUGCUCGAUGACAACUUUUGUAUGAACUCCUUUGUCGCUUGGUGGGAAGGAACCAACAUCUCGAACGACUUUUGGGUUGAAGGAGAGAAGGUCUUAGUCCGUGUGCAUGUGAUCCCCAGAAAAUCGUUCUUCGAUCCCCGCGGUUGGUCCACCUCACAGAGUAAGCAGAAGCAGCUUCUUUUGAAUGUUCUCGGAGAAGUGCGCAGUACAUGGGGAGUCGCCUGCAAGGACUAUCGCAUGUUGCAUCCUCAGCAUGCCCUUUGGAGACAUGAGAAUACGCCGACUUCGUUCGCCACACUUUGGAUCGGCAGAACAGUGUUUGCUAGGAAGCCCAUGCACCUCCUCGUGAAGGGCCUGUGGGACUUCACGAAGGCGGAGCUCUUGGCGGAGGCCCAGGCACGUGGGCUGUGGGUGAACCCAAAGUGGACUGUGCCCGAGAUUCGCUCGAUCAUCCAGGAGGACAUGGGACGCGGCGCUCCGAACCCCAUGGGCGGCAAGACGGCACUCCCGACCGGGUUGUCCAAGAUGACCCUUGCGGAGCUCCAGACGACCGCCGAGCAGCUCGGAGUCACGAUCCCGGACAAGGCCACGAAGGGCACGAUCAUGAGGCUGAUCAGAGACAAUGCGGGCGGCGGGACCCAGUUGGUCUUGACGUUCGGGCGCUACAAGGGGUAUCUCUACAGCGAGACGCCCAUGGGCUACCGGACUUGGGCGAUGAACGAGGUGAAGGCCAACCCCAAUCGCUCCGAGGAUGUCCAGAUGUAUGCCAACUGGUGUCAGGAGAAUGCGAUGGUGACGACCAAGCCGUCGAGGUACGUGGAGGCGGACGACCCCGAGCUGAUCGCCACGACCCCCUACGUGCCGGAGGAGUCAGUGGCAAAUCACAGCUGGGAGCUUCUGGCGAGGGCACCCUGGGCGGGAUCCUCUACGAGCCAGGUUCCGGCCGCAAAGGCCAAGGCGAAGGCCUACUCAGGAGCACGGCGGGGAGCACCGAGCACUGCAACGAGCGAGGGAGGCUACCGCAGAAUGGAGACCGAGCUGGACCCGGACGUGCUGGACGAGAUCCACCACCUCGAGACGAGACUGGCCGUGAUCAAGGAUCGUCACGGGCUCACCCGCGGCAUCCGGACCCCUCCGUGGAAGCCCUACGUGGAUGCCAUCGUGGAGGAGCAGGUCGGCGACGGGGUGAACGAGAUCUACGAUGAGGACUAUGAGGUGAAGGUUGGCGGCUUUGACAAGGAGCUUUGGGACGACAUGGGCGAGGCAAGCCUGGAUGUCGCCGCGAGGCUUCCUACUUUCGAUGAUGAAGUCUAUGAAGCUGAGCCUCACCACUCUCAGGAUGCCGAGCACCCCGAUAUCCAAGAGAAUCAGACAGUCUACUCCAACUACCAGGUCCCAGCAGUAGGUGAAAGUAGCACCCACGAUAUCCGAGAGAAUCAAACAGUCUACUCCAACUACCAGGUCCCUGUCGAUGUCGAGGAUAGUGUAGACUGUGGCGCGGACACCUAUCUCCUUGACGAGGCUUUCACGCAGUGUGUGCAGGACCGUAGUGGUGCAAGCAAUGAAGAUCGAGACGGGAGGCCCUUGUUCAUCGAGAUCCACACGCAGAACAACCAGCUCAGCGAGUUCAUGCAGGCCAGCGGCUUUGAGGUGGUGUCCAUUGACCUUGUUGAAUGGGAUCUUGCCGUGAAGCAGAAUCGUAUAGAUUUGGUGCAGUUGAUUGUCGAUCUUGAGCCAGAUGUUGUUUGGUGCACGCCUGAGUACCGCCUCUGGAGGUCCAAUCAGUCGCCACGGGACAGGGCUUGUGAACAGGCCCUUGCCCUGAACAAGGACCGGGAACGACAUCAUCGGCAUCAUCUUUCCGUGAUGAACAAGAUCUACAAGCUGCAGACUGCUGGAGGAAGGCUGGCCGUUCUUGAACACCCCAAGAUGUCCGUUGCUUGGCGCACCAAAGCUCUAGACAGUCUGGGAGGCUAUGCUACCGUGACCGACAUGUGCGCCUAUGGGGCGGUCCUCACUGAUCAAGGCGGUCGGCCCCAGGCCAUCAAGGGGCCCACUCGGCUACAGGUGAACCAUGAGAUGCUCAGCGGCUUGUUGACUCGGCGGUGUGCUGGUGAUCAUGCACACCUUCCACUUCGCGGGAAUCUACCUGACGGUGUUCCUCGAGGCCAUGCUGCUCGGGAACAUCAGCUGGGUUUCUGCGAGGCCGCCGGGAAUGCGAUCAUUGAGGCCCUCAACACCCGGGCCGAUCAGGCUGUGCCAAUGAGUCGUCCGGCCUCUACUACACGGAUGUGUGAAGAUGGCGAAAGACUCGCUGCGAAGAAGCUCAAGGAGGGUGCCUUCUCCGAGGGGGACCUCCUCGAACUGGCUCAGAUGUUGCCCCUUUCCCGAAGGCGCCGCCAUCGACGGAUCUACGGCGGAAAGGACAUCAAGAUCGAGGGCAUCGUUGGCGGACUUUGGACCCAUGGCGGCAUGACCGGUGUGAGCAGUGCCAGUGGUGAGUUCCCAAACUUUGUGACCUAUGUGAACGCGUUCAUGAGAUCGAGACUUGGGUCAGAUGUCAGCUGGAGCUCUUUCGCCCUGAAUAAGAACGUGACUACUGGAGUGCACAGCGACUACCACAACCUUCCGGGCCGCCCCAACUACACCUACACUUUUGGCGACUUCGUCGGAGGAGAACUUUGGGUGCGAGACGAACAUGUUGGAGAAGGCGAACGAGUGUCCCGCCGUGAUGUCAAGGGCAACCUCCUACAUGGGCGAAAUGUGGAUACGAAGGACAAGGUCUACGAGUUCGAUGCGAGAGGGCAGCACGCGACCCAGCCCUGGAAGGGAGAUCGAUGGUGCCUCACCUGCUUUGUGACCCGCGGCUACAGGAACAUCCGGCAGGAGGACAAGGAUCGACUACGAGCUAUGAAGUUUCCUCUCCGACAUGCACUCCACGAGGUCAAGGAGAGGAACCACUUGAACUACGACAACCGCCCCAAGAAGAGCGAGCGCCGUCGGCUUUGGAGGACAGCCAAGAGACUGGUUGCCUUGGCUACCUGGUCCACUUUUGUGACGUCCACAUGUACUACGACCGGACUACACCCGCCGAACAACUCAGGCUCGGUUGCUCUUUUCGAGAUUGGAGACGACGUGAAAACCUUUGAGCUCGAGUCCUCCGAGCUCCUCACCGCCGAGCCCUUCCUCUCUGGAGAUUUGGCCGAGGAGACCAGAUGGACCGGGGCCUACGAUGUGCUUCGUGAACUACGACCUGGAACUCUUUGGAUACACGGCGAGGCCGUGACGAAGUACCCCGAACAAAUUCAGGACCUCGCAUCUGAGCAACUACGGAAGGGGAGACAGGUUGUGUUCGGAGCCAGCAGUACGGCCAAGCCUUUCUGGAAUGCCCCCUGGCUCACUGAGAUUGGGAGCCUCGCUGUGGAUGUUAACUACGAGGUUGUUGGUGAGACGAAGCUGAUGAGGCUCAACUGUGUACACCAGGAGAAUCAGGCCUACAUCACCUGGACCCAAGAAUGCAGCAAUCCGCAUCCCGAGAACGCCGGCUACAUGACGACCGACAACAACGCCGGCGAGGGAGCCGACACCGGAGAAGGACCUACUGGGAGCCGGGCUAUCAGUUUUACCCCUGGUCCAAAGAUAAAGCCCGAGGUGCAGGCGUCUUUGAAGCGCUUACAUCAAAACCUCGGGCACAUCGGCUACGAGGACAUGGGGCGCCACCUCCGACUUGCCGGAGCCGGACCAGAAGUGGUGAGUGCCGCUAAAAGGCUCCGGUGCCAAGUGUGUGCCAGGAACAAGAGAGGAGGGAGUGCUAGACCCUCCUCGGCUCCCAAUCUACUGGAGUUCAACCAAGUGGUGGCUGUCGAUGCCUUUUCCGCGUACGACUCCUGGGGGAAACGCUAUGAGUUCAUGUCCAUCCUUGACUGCGGUACCUCCUUCCACGUCGUGUUCCCCCUGUCAGGCCACAGCACUGAGACCAUGGAGAAGGACUUCUGUGUUGCUUGGAGUCAUGUGUUUGGGCCACCUGGGACGCUGGCGUUGGACCUUGAGUCCGGACUCCAGGCGAGCUUCGCCCGCUACAGUGAGUUCUAUGGAGUGAAGAUCCGUUCGGCCGCCGGACAGGCCCAUUGGCAACAGGGAGCCGUUGAACGCCACAAUCGUUUGUGGAAGGAGAUUUGGGACCGCACUGUGGACGAUCACUCUGUGACUGAGGGCGAAGUCCACUUGGCGGUCACCGCGGUUAACAGCGCUGUCAAUGAACUUCGGAGAAAACAUGGAUACAGCCCGAGCCAAGCCGUAUGGGGACGCGACCCGGAGAUGCCCGGCGAGCUUCUGGACGGCAAGGACCUUGAGCAGUAUGACCAUGUGAUCUCCCGAGACCACCAACGGGCCCGGGAACAUGCGCUACGAGUUGCCGCAAAGGAAAACUUCUUCAGGUGUCAAAGCGAUGACAAGCUGCGACGAGCUCUCCUUCAGCGAAGCCGUGUCAGUGGACCGGAUCUUUCGGUCGGGGACUUCGUGUACUUCUACAGAAAGGCAAAGAAUCAGAAGUUUUGGCAAUGGCAUGGCCCCGCCACCAUCAUCGGACACGAGGGCAUCAACCUCUGGGUGUCCAAAGGAGGCAGAUGCCACUUGGUCGCUCCUGAACAUCUCAGGAGAGCCACCAGCGAAGAGAUUGGGGACGCGUUCGUUCUCAGGACAACUCAAGCCGACCUCGAGAAGAUCCUUGAACUCGACCCCGACGAGAUUCUCUUCGAAGGCGACGACCCAGCUGAAGGAGAUCCCGAGAUGGCCCCCGGCGACGAUGAUGUUGGUAAUGGCGAGGACGAGGACAUCCUACUCGGUGGACAAGGUGUUGUCCGUGACGGGGAACAUCUUCAGCCCUCUGCCGCGGUGACAAAGCGCUACCGCACGAAAGGGCCCCAGGAACAAGAUGACCCUGGAGCUCUGCCCCAGAUCCCGGACGACGACUACGACCCCGACCUCGAGGAACCCGAGGUGGAGAUGACCGAGACCAACGAGGCUAUGAUGCUCAAACGGGCCAAGACCGCCCGUGGUCGCGAGAAACAGCUUGAGAAGGAGCUCCCGUGGAGCAUGAUCCCAGUGGAACAGCACGAGGCCUUCCGCGAGGCCGAAAACAAACAGUACCAAGAGCACCUCGACCACGGGGCGCUCGAACCUUUGACCGUGGAGGAGAGCCAGCGCAUCCUACGUGAACGAGGUGACCGGGUGCUGCCUUCUCGCUUCGCCUACCGCGACAAGGCUCUGGCGAAGAGGAGGAAGGAUCCGACUGUGGCUUGGAAACAUAAGUCACGCCUCGUGAUCGGAGGCCACAUGGACCCCGACAUUGGACAAGGCCUCAACACGAUGGCGCCCACCGUUUCGAGACAGUCCAUUAUGUUACUCCUCCAGAUACUCGCCUCUCGUCUACACCAGGGGUGGAACGCCUAUGCCGGAGACAUCACGGCGGCUUUCCUCAAUGGCGGCGAGCUUCAAAGAGAGCUGUACUUGAAGCAGCCCCGGAACGGGUUGGGUGAUCUCCAUCCUGCCCAGCUACUACGGAUCCGAAAAGGGAUUUUCGGAUUGGUGGAUUCGCCCCACGGUUGGUGGGAACGAUUCAAGGAAGAGGUCACGGCUCUCCGGCCGGAAGACGAGCAGGGGAACAAAUGCCUGGUGGAGCAGUGUCCACUGGAUCCAUGCGUGUUCUUCGUCAAAAAGAUCCUCGGAAGGGAUGCGGAUGGAGAGUUUCGGCUCACCGAACCUAUCGCCUAUCUCGCGGUACAUGUUGACGACGUGCUACUGAUUGGGAAUGACGAGAUUUGUCAGCUCCUCAAGAAGCUGUUGUCGAAGGUCUUCCCAAUCGAUGACUGGGAAAGCGGGGCCUUUGAGUACAUAGGCUCCUUCAUCGAGGUCAACGAUAGCUCUGUGAAGGUGUCUCAGGAGAGCUAUGUGGAGUCACGACUUUUCCAAGUCGAGAUCCCAGCGAGCCAGGCCGACGAUGAGCCGGCCACAGAAGAGCAGCUCUUUGACAACCGCAGCUUGGUUGGUGCUUUGUCCUGGCUUGCAGGACAAACGAGGCCAGACCUACAGGCCAGCGUCUCUAUGUGUCAGCAGCUGCAGAAGAAUCCCACGGCUGGGGACUUGCGCUUUUCCAACCUCGUCGCCAGACGCGCCGAGGAGCACAAAGAUCAAGGGGUUACCUUCUACCCCAUCGACCUGGACAACGCCGCUCUCCUUUGCUACCACGACGCCGGAUGGGCCAACGCUCCACAGGAUGCCGAUGAUCCCUACUACUGCCUAACUGCUGAAGAAGAGGCUCAAGGAGCCUUCAAAGAGGGACCGUUCAUGGACAAGCCAAGGAAAACGAAGCGGAGCAGUUCUUGCAUCGCUUCGCAGCUUGGUUGCAUCUAUGUCCUGGCGAAUCGUAGCAUCCUACAUGGAGAGCCCUCACAUCUCAGUGUGUUGGACUGGAAAAGCGGUGCUUGCGAGAGGGUGUGCAGAUCUACGUUCUCCGCAGAGACAAUGGCGUGCUGCACUGCCGUUGAGGGAGGCGACUACCUGGAGAAGUUCCUGGAGACCCUCCUCACAGGUCGCCUCCACCGUCGGGGGCGCGGACGCUUUCACUUGAGGUUUCUGAGCGACUGUCGGUCGCUGUACGACCAUCUCACGAGAGAUGGGAUUCCUAGAGUGCCCUCCGACAGAAGGCUAGCCAUCGAUUUAGCCGCAGUGCGACAGGACUUAAAGUCCCUUGGUCGCCUUGCUUGGGUGCCCACCGCUCGGCAGUUGGCAGAUGUCUUGACAAAGCCAAUGAAGAGCCAUCAGUGGUGGACCUUUUUGAAUUCACCUUUCAGUCUGUCUUUUACAGAGGAGAGAUUUUGA